AUGCCCGCCCAAUCCACGCUAUCCAACGACGACAAGACGAAGGUGAAGUCGGCAGUGAACUCACCAGCGAACAAGAUCUUCACCGCCGCGCUCGCGCGCAUCUACUACGCCUACCCGAAGCCGGAAGAGUGGUCCUAUUCGGGCCUCCAGGGCGCCCUUGCGUUCGUGCGCGACACCCAGGGCGUCUUCUACCUCAAGCUCGUCGACCUCGCCGGGACGAGGGGGAUUAUCUGGGAGCACGAGUUAUACGAGGGCUUCGAGUACUUCCAGGACCGGCCGUUCUUCCAUUCGUUCUCUGGAGAUGAUUGCAUGGUUGGGGUUGUGUUCUCAGACGACAGCGAGGCGAAGACGUUUUACAAGAAGGUUACUACGAAGAAGACUGGUCCUACCAAAUCCAAGUCGGGCACCCAGAAGAAGAAGACGAAGCCGGCCAAGGGGGGCAAGAUCGACAAGUCGAUGAUUUCAGGACCUGCAGCCGGUUCCUUCAAGCACGUUGCGCACAUGGGGUACGAUGCAGACAAGGGCUUCACCUCAACCAACGUAGAUCCGUCGUGGGAUGCGUUCCUUGUCAAUCUCGAAGGCCACGGAGUGACGAGGGACAUCCUGGAGCAGAACAUGGGCUUCAUCAAAGACUUCGUACGUGAAGCGCAACAGAAGGGGCCGGAUCCCAACGCGAAGAAGAAAGCUCCUCCUCCCCCAGCUCCCCGAGCCCCUCCGCCUCCGCCUCCGCCACCUCCUCCCGCAGGGGGCGGUUCAAGCGCGCGCGCAGAGUCGCCUCCUCAGGACGGACACGGUGCCCUCCUGGCAUCCAUCCAGGGUGCAGGCGUGCACUUGCUCAAGAAGCGCGACAGCGACUCGGCCCCUCCGCCGCGAGCCGCACCCGAACCUGCGGCGGCCGCUCCAGCGAGCGCAGGUGGGGAUCUUACCGCGGCGCUCGCGGCGGCGCUGCUGGACCGCAACAAGCGGAUGGGAGACAGUGACGAAGAGGAUGACGACGACGAAGAGUGGGACUGA